CUGGACUUCAAGGUUAUGAGGGAGUCUUGAUAGAUGAGUUUGUCUAAGGUUGCCGGUCCGUCUUAUCGGAUUAUCAGAAGUUGCUGCGUAAAACACCCAGGGAUAUUUCAUCUACGCUUAUUUGCUCUGUGUCCUUCAUAUGUUAAGAUACCUAAUACCCAUGUUCGGACUUUUGUUACAAAAUCUAGAAAAACUAGACUACCUUUUAGUUCAUUUAUUGUGGACACGAAGAAAGCUAGACAGAGUGAUUCAGAUUCAUCAGUGGUGCAUACAGAUCUGAACGAAAUGUUAAAAGAUCAACCACCGUCAUUACAGCUUAAAAUAGUAGACGCCUAUCGUAGAGGUUUUCAGUCGUCAACCGAAAAAGAAAAGUCAUCAAAAAUGGAAACAUUUGUCACAUUCAUUUUGAAGAUUCUUGGAUUUUCAGCCAUUAUUUUAAUCUCUUUAAAGCUUGUUCAGAGAGUACUCGGCGGUGCGUUUCCAAAAUUACUGGAUUCUAGUGUAGCCUCGUUCGCUGAAAAUGCUGAUGUUAACUUUAAUGAUGUUCAAGGAUGUGAUGAAGUUAAAAAGGAACUCCAGGAUGUUGUUGAAUUUCUCCGAAACCCUGAAAAGUUUAAUCGCAUCGGAGCUAAACUCCCCAAAGGUGUUCUUCUUGUGGGUCCUCCUGGAGUUGGAAAAACAUUACUAGCUAAAGCGGUGUCUGGUGAAGCCCAAGUUCCUUUCUUGUAUGUUUCUGGAAGUAGUUUCGAUGAAGUUUUCGUUGGAUUAGGAGCUUCUCGUGUUCGACAACUUUUCACUUCUGCCAAACAAAAUUCACCAUGUGUAGUAUUUAUUGAUGAAAUUGAUUCUGUCGGUCGAAAUCGAACAUCUUCACCUCAUCAUCCUUAUGCUAAUCAAACAAUUAAUCAACUUCUUGCAGAAAUGGAUGGAUUCCAGCCAACAGAAGGAAUUAUAGUUUUAGGUGCAACAAAUCAAGCAGAAGAUUUAGAUAAAGCUUUAUUAAGACCUGGUCGUUUUGAUGUUCAAAUUCUUGUAUCACCACCAACUUACGAGGGCAGAAUGGCUCUUUUAAAUCUUUAUUUAGGAAAAGUGAAAACCGGUCCAAAUAUUGACGUUGAAAAGUUGGCUCAUGGAACAGUUGGAUACACUGGAGCGGAUAUACAAAAUUUAGUGAAUCAAG